AUGUCGCACUUCGCCACCCCUUUUAUUGUGGUCAACCUGGGCUGCGAGAUGAUUUAUGUCGUGGACCAGCGUUUAAAAGCCCAGAAUAUUACAUUGGACAAAUCGGAAAGAGUACUUACGGAUAUAGUUACAGUGCUACUCCAUCCCAAACUGCUGGACGAGCUAUUUAUACCACAACCGGUAGCCACCCACACCGUCAUCAAACAACUGCUGCAGGACAUAUCAGCCACAUCUAUCAUGAAACUCGACGACUAUUCCAUGAGCAAAUUAUGGGAUUUAAUGACCAUGAUCUUCAAAUGGCAGCUUUCUGUGACAACAAACCAAAAUAUUUUUGACAUUACCCGCCGACAUUUAAAAAGUGUUGCCACAAUAAUGCCAAUCUAUUUCUCCAAAUUUACUAUUGAACAAGCAAUGAUAAGAUUCGAAUAUUUAGCGCAACGUUUUACUGACGAUGAUUAUAAAUGCCUACACAACACAAUGAUUUUGUGGUUUUCAGAAUAUCACACAAAAAUAUCUGUCCUACUCCGAUUAGGACUUCAAAAAAAAGAUGGAACAUUUAGUUUGCCUGCUACGAUCGAAACAAAGAUUCUUCAAAAUCUUGGUGAAAAUAUUUAUAAACACGAUAACAAGAAAAAUCCUGUUGAAGAAUAUGAAAGCCGAUGUUCCGAUUCCAAUGAAAUAAGUUGUCUCUUGCCAUCUAUUGAAAAAACUACAUCAAAACCAGUAAUAGAAUUACAAUUGCCGAUACAAUUAGGAAAUCAAGAUUCAAAGAAGAAAACUCUGGAAUUAACAAGAGAUACUAAGUUUGAAAGUAUUGAUACGAAUGUUAAGAGCAAAAUUAAUACCGAUUUAACAUUUGUUCCGGAUAUUCCUAAAUCAACUCAUGAAGAUCUAUUGGAUAUGUUAGAAAGUGACGAAUAAUAUUUUCUUGUAGCAUAUUGGAAAGGGAUUAAUUUUAUUUUUAGAACAACUUUGCUUUAGUAGAACAAUGAAACGAAUAUAUUUUCGAUUACUGGCAACACAAGUACAUACAGGGAAAUAACCCUUUUAGUACCUAGCAAGUUACUGUUGACUAUUCAGAGGAAGUUAAU